UGGCGAGUGCGCUGCCGGUUGUGCAUCUAGUGGUGUCCGCUCCAUAGGGAUUAUGGAACUUUAGCGGUUCCUUGCUGUGGACGUUCAAGAUGACGUAGACACUAUGUGGGUCUUAGUAGUGACCAUCUUCAGUCAUGUUAUUACAAAGACUGGCAGUGAGGACGCACAUAUCGAGAUGUUGCUGCGAAUGUUGUCCUACGAGACUACGGAGCCUGCACCGACGGUGUCGACAACCCCAGCAAUUCUACCUUUCUUCGAGGACGCAUCCAGCUUCACUAACGUCACCUCACAGCUGGGGAGUAGCGUCGUGCUGCACUGCAAGGUCAAUGACCUCACGGACAGAAUGUCGGUGUCCUGGCUCCGACGGCACGAGGGUAAACUCCACCUGUUGUCUGUUGGCUCCGAGACUUACAGCUCUGAUGCCAGGUACUCCGCCAUGUUCGCUCGCCCCAACGACUGGCAGCUACGGCUGGACUUUGCACAGGACAGAGACCAGGGACAGUACGAGUGCCAAGUGUCUUCACAUCCACCGAUAGUCUUUAUUGUCUAUUUACAUGUUGUUGUCCCCGAGCUAGAGAUUGCGGAUGAACGAGGUUUACCAAUCCACAACAAGUUCUACAACGAGGGAAGUACGAUAGAACUUAAAUGUGUCAUCAGUAGAGUUCCUCAGCCUAGUCACUUCAUCAUGUGGAAACAUGGAACUCGAGUACUCAACUAUGAUACUUCCAGAGGGGGCAUCAGUGUCAAGACAGAUAUCUUAGAGACAGGAGCCAAGAGCAGAUUGUUCAUAGCCAACGCUCACAGUCACGACUCCGGUAACUACUCCUGUGCUUUAGGGGACGUUGCUUCCACCACAGUCUCCGUCCAUGUCCUCAAUGGCGACACCCCUGCAGCAAUGCAGCAUGGAGACUCUACUAUGACAGUCGGUCAGCACUGGGCACUGCUGGCGUUGCUGAGUCUGCUGUUCCUGCACAGCUGACAGUAACAGGUCCUGCAGGACAUCAAGUAUCCCGGACAUUCGAUGUAGCCUAAAACACUGCAAAAACAUUUGUAAUAUUGGACUAAGCCAAAUGCUAAAAUAAUGGAAAUACCUGUUGAACACACGGCAAUAUUUCUGAACACAAAGUUUACUACAAUUUUAUUUUAAUAAAAUGUCCAAACUAACAGCAUAAACGAUAAAAAACUAUGUAAAUAAACUUAUUUUGAAAUUCAAUGAAAAAUAUUUUAAGUUUUACGAUAAAUAAACUUAUUACAUUUUACACGAUUUCAUUGUUUUUCAGUAUCUAACUAAAAAAUCAUAUGAAAAAAUAAUUAAAUUAGAUGGCUUUACGUAAUCAAAUCAUCAAGUUUAAGCUAGUUACAUUUUAAUCUCUAAAACAACUAAAAGACUACAAUAUAACACAACCAUUAAACAUUCUAAUUUUAAAUUUGAGCUUUUUUGAUAAUAAUAAUGUAUCAAUCUUAAGAAGUGAAAAUAUAAGAAAUCACCGGGUAAAAUAAAAGUAAAAUGUAUACGUUCUGCAAUGUUGUUUUUUAGUCUUAAAUACGGGCCUACUUGAAUAGUAAAAAUUAUUUACUUCAAUUAUUCAAAUAAAUUUAGAUGAAAGACUGUUGAACGUUACUUACGUAAUCUUUUACACCGUGUAAAAUUAAGGUUAAUAUUGUUUUUAAAUAUUGAAAAAGUGAGGCAAAUCUCUAACAAAAAUAUUUGUUUUUACAUUAUCUAAGUUUGAAGAAAAAUUAAAUAAGUUUAAAUUGUAUAUAGUAAUACUUA